GCUGUGGCACACAAAGCUGUAGGGUUUCCGGCCAGCUCAGCGAGUCAUUCCUGUGGUGUUGUCAGUUUUACAGCCUGUCAAACACUGGUCCCAGGUCCCUGUUACAUUUACUGGGCAGCGGAGGAACAGCAGAACAUUUCGGAGAGAUGGUGCUGCUGACGAUGAUCGCCCGGCUGGCCGACGGACUGCCGCUGGCCGCUUCAAUGCAGGAGGACGAGCAGGGAAGUGAAAAGCUGGGUCGGGACCUUCAGCAGUAUCAAAGUCAAGCAAAGCAGCUCUUCAGGAAACUCAAUGACCAGAGUCCAACGCGCUGCACUUUGGAGGCUGGGUCCAUGGCAUUUCACUAUUGUAUUGAGAAAGGCGUGUGCUACCUUGUACUAUGUGAAGCCAGCUUUCCCAAGAAGCUAGCUUUUGCCUACCUAGAAGACCUGCAGGCAGAGUUUCAUGAGCAGCAUGGAAAGAAGGUCCCCACGGUGUCCCGUCCUUACUCCUUCAUCGAAUUUGACACCUACAUUCAAAAAACCAAGAAGUCAUACAUUGACAGCCGAGCAAGAAGGAAUCUGGGCAGCAUCAACACAGAGCUACAGGAUGUACAGAGGAUCAUGGUGGCUAACAUAGAAGAGGUGCUGCAGAGAGGAGAGGCUCUCUCUGCGCUAGACUCCAAGGCCAGCAACCUGUCUAGCUUGUCAAAGAAGUACAGGAGCGACGCCAAGUAUCUGAAUACCCGCUCAACCUACGCCAAACUGGCAGCCGGAGGUGUCUUUUUCAUCAUGCUCAUUGUCUAUGUGCGCUUCUGGUGGCUCUGAGAGAGGAAAGAGAAGGAGAGGAAGGAGGUGCUGAAGUUGAAAGUGAGCUGCACCGAGGCUGCAGACAUGAAGAACGCUAAAACAGGAUCUGAUUAAGAGACUUUACAGAUGUACCACCGCCCAUUUUGCUCCGUCUAUGGAUGUGUGAUCUGAGUAUAAAUGAUGUCAUAAUACAUAGUUUUAUUAUUAACAGUUAUGCAGUAAUGCUCUAGUAGGAUUGGGUAGGUGAUGAGUGAAUGUUUGUGUGGUUGAUCGGUGAUUUGUUUCCUCUUUUUGUGACUUUCCAAAGCUGUAUUGUAACAGGAGUGGCUCAAUGUUGUAUACCAUCUAAUAAUACAAAAAAAAUCACAUGCAAAAAAACAACUUCAUUCAAUCCGACCACAUUACACAGAUAUUACUGCUUAUCGAACUUAGUCACAGUUAAAUCACAGGCUCAAUGGGCAGGUCAGUAUCUACUACAGCUAUAUAUAGAUAUCUGGGCAAACAUUCUUCUUGAGUAGGCCGUUGAAGAGGCUAUGCAACACCGAAAGAAAUUCAAGCGGACGCUUUCUUUUUUUUCUUUUCUUUUUUUUUUUAAAUACUGUACAGAAGUGAAUUCUCUUUCACCUUUCCUACCUGACCCUAUAUGUGGCUAUUUAGGGAUUAUGGUGAACAACAGCUAAGGAGGCGCAUUUAUUUCACCCUGACUUAAAUUUCAGCCUUUCCUUGCAAAACAAUAAAAAGAGUUGUUGCAUGUGUGUUUACACCACGAGUGAUAACGAUGCUCAUUAUCAACCGCAAAGUACAGCAAUCCUUUCACUGCUAGUUUUCAUUUUAUUGACAGAUGUGUUAAUCCUGAAUUCUAUUCUAUUGCAAUCUAAGUGACAAAAUGAUGUCUGAACUAUCAGUCCUUCACUUCAGACAUCAGAACGUGUCACAUAAAGCUGGCCUGUGUUCCAGUUUAGCUUUAAGUUGCCAUUUAAAAGGCAAUGGCUCCAAGGUUCAUCAUGUUUCCGUUUGGAAAAUUCCGCUUCAAGCGUGCACACUUGUGACUAAAGUGAAAAUGAUCUUUCUACUUAUAGACGCACCAUCUCUAGUCCAUUUCCUCUUUUAGAUGGUAGCGAUUUGAAUUGAAGUGAAAUAUAAAACUUUAUCACCAGAAUUCUUGUGCCUCAGUGGCGUACUUGUAUCCGCGCUCCCCUUCAUAAGUUCUUGCACCCACUGGGACAGUUUGGAGUAGCACCUUUCUGCAAGCAGACAUUUGCAAGAAAACUGGACACUGUUUGUUUUUUUUUUUUGUAUAAAGUUUACACGUUGACUCAAUUUAAAAGUCGAUUCAAGUUGAGAGUCACAGGUGUUACACAGUAGGUAGCUGCUGCCUGCCUUUGGCCGCCUUCUCGGUUUCUGUUCUGUUAUGCCAUCUAUGAAUAAAAUAAUUUGCACAAAA